AUGUCGGGCAUCAUCAACCCACAUCCAAGCCCAAAUGAAGAAUACGCAGAAUACCCUCUUCCAAUCAUUGAGAAUCCUGGUGAUCGCCAAAGCCUCGAGCGUGAGACCACCGUCGAUGCCACCCAAUAUGAUGCCGGGCUUGAGCCACCCACACCCCGUCGCAGCCGAUCCCAUCAUAGAGUUCGUUUUCGCUCGCUGAGUCUGCGCCCAAAUGAAGAAGUCUCGCAUCCCGCCUCGCGACCAUUACUGCCGCCCCCAGACCCGAACGAAAUCGCGCUAUCCGGAACCAUCACCCCGCCAGCCCCCACACAUUCCCGCCGUGGCUCCGGCCUCGCCAACGUGCAUACCCCCGACCAGUUUGGCGAGACGGAGAAACAUGAUUUUGCAGGCAAAAUGGACCGGACUACCUCGGCCCGCGACCGCUUCAGAGCUACCGGUCAGGUUUUGCGACAGAAAACUAACCGCUUGACGGAACGCCUCGGUCGCCCCACGGAUGAGGGCGAGCCGCUCAACGCCUCGUACAUUCCAGAUGACUUUGACAGCGGUAUCCCACUCGAGGAGCUGCAGGCCCGCCGCGCUCGCCACGACGCCGACCGAGCCCACGCAUUGGAGAGUGGCGAAAACCUUAUCGAGCCACCCCCUAGCGCCGAGGCUCAUCGCUUGGUCCGCAGCAUGACCAUGGCUCAGGAUCAGCUCCGGAAGCGGAAACCUCGGGGCGCAUAUCAGCGGUCGGGACAGACAACUCCCGAGGGCUUGUUCAGCGCCUUCACGCAGCGGAGACGGUCCAGUGGAGUCGCCGGUGGCAGCGGCAUUUUGUCGCAGCUGCUGAAGCUCCAGGCCGCCCAGAACGGGGGUUAUUCGCGCGCGGAAAGUGUUAUCACAGAUGACUCCGACAGUGACACUCAGGUGUCUUCCGGUAUCUCCACCCCGAAGAAGGGCUCCCUCUCGCCCCUCAUCCUUGCCUCUCAACCACCAUCUGGUGCCGCUACCCCGCGCAAGGAGAAGCUCAAAUGGUACAAGAAGUCGGCCCAUCGGUCCACCUCGUCGCUGGUCAAUGCCUCCAUGAACCUCAGCACAGCCAGUCUGCCCGCUGCGGUGGAGGCCGCUCCGGGUGUGCACAAGAAACACAAGAAGAGCAAGCGCAAGACCCGUCUGGAAGAUGAGAUUCGUGUCACCGUCCAUAUCGCAGAGAUCAUCGCGCGUCAGCGGUACAUCAUGCAGCUGUGCCGUGCGCUUAUGCGAUACGGUGCGCCGACCCACCGUCUGGAGGAGUAUAUGCAAAUGACCGCCCGGGUCCUGGAGGUUUCAGGUCAAUUCUUGUAUCUGCCCGGUUGCAUGAUCAUGUCCUUUGAUGACCCUACCACACGUACGGCCGAGGUCAAGCUUGUGCGAAUGGUGCAAGGAGUCGACCUUGGUCGCCUUGCUGAUACACACAACGUUUACAAGAAUGUUGUUCAUGAUCUUAUCGGUGUUGAAGAGGCAACUCAGGAACUGGACGAGAUUAUGCAGCGCAAGCCCCGAUUCAACAAAUGGGUCUUGGUCUUGGUGUACGGUCUUGCUAGUGCGACUGUCGGCCCCUUCGCUUUCAGCGCGCGACCGAUCGAUAUGCCCAUUAUCUUCUGUCUCGGUUGCAUUGUUGGGCUGAUGCAGCACGUUCUCGCGCCACGGUCGACCCUCUACUCCAACGUCUUCGAGGUUACUGCUGCUAUUGUCACUUCCUUCCUCGCCCGCGCAUUUGGCAGCAUCAUGGUUACCCGCAAUGGUACAUCUGAACCACUUUUCUGCUUCUCCGCUAUGGCACAGUCAUCCAUCGCUCUGAUUCUCCCUGGAUUCAUGGUUCUUUGUAGCAGUCUGGAACUGCAAUCUCACCAAAUAAUCGCUGGUUCGAUCCGUAUGGUGUAUGCCAUUAUCUACUCCCUCUUUUUGGGCUAUGGUAUCACAGUGGGGACUACGAUAUAUGGACUGAUGGAUGCCAAUGCGACGUCUGCAUCUACGUGUUCAGGCCUGGAUGUCUACGGGUCGGUUUACGCACGCACAUUUCCCUUCGUGGCUAUCUAUGCUGUUUUCCUGGCCAUUGUGAACCAUGGAAAAUUGAAGCAGAUGCCCGUCAUGGUCUUUAUCGCCUUGUCCGGGUACGUCGCCAACUAUUUCAGCACCACCAAGCUCGGCACUCAAUCUGAAGUCGCCAACACCGUCGGCGCAUUCACUAUUGGUGUCCUAGGCAAUCUGUACAGUCGUGUCUGGCAUGGCCAUGCUGCCACCGCCAUUCUUCCCGGCAUCUUUGUGCUGGUCCCCUCUGGCCUUGCUUCUAGUGGGUCUUUGAUCGCUGGUAUCCAAUACGCCGACGAGGUUCGUAAGAACCUCUCAAAUAAUGGGACCAGCACAUCUACCGGCGCUCUUUCUGAAACUUCGGUUGCCAGUCUUGGUUUUGGCAUGAUCCAAGUCGCGAUCGGUAUCACAGUCGGACUGUUUAUCGCGGCUUUGGUUGUCUACCCCUACGGCAAGAAGCGCACUGGUCUGUUCAGCUUCUAG